UAAAGUACCCUGCAGUGGUGGUGAGAGAUCUGAGAUGGCUUAUGGUGCUCUAGCUUCUCUUGUGCAGACUCUGGAUCAGAUCCUGCAUCCAGCUCCGAACCAUAUUCUUCUUGAUAAACAACUAAUUGAAUCAAUCAAGGAACGAGUUAGUUUCUUACUAGAUUUUCUGGAGGACUCUUCAACGAGCAACGGAGCAGUUGAAGUUUUGAUAACUCGAAUCCGAGAUGCAGCCUAUGAAUCUGAAGAUGAGAUUUACAUAUCAGUUAUUCUUCCUGCAUCUGAAAGCAAUAAAGAAAGAAAUUACGGAAGCUUUUAUAAAGUCUUGCAGCAAGUUCUAGAAAGAAUGGACUCUAUAGAGAAAGAGGUGAUGAAGAUUGAACAAGGAUGCAGUGUAAAGAAUCUAGAAUCAAAGAGUUCAAAGCCAGCUGGUUCAUCAAGACUUGCUUCAAGUGGCAAGAGCUCUAAGGUGGGACUAGACGAGGAUAUGAAGCAAAUUAAGGAUCGGCUCCGUGGCUUUCCGUCUAAACUUGAAAUUGUCCCAAUCACUGGGAUGGGAGGCAUCGGUAAGACCACUCUCGCUGGAAAUAUUUAUGAUGAUCCCUUUGUUGUCUAUCAUUUUUAUAUCCGUGCUUGGACGACUGUAUCUAAACAAUAUCGCGUGAGAGAAAUUUUCCUAGGCCUUCUAGGUUCUAUGAAAAAUCUCGGCAAUCAAAUGAAUCAAGCAAGUGAUGAUCAAUUAGGAGAGUGUCUGUACAAAAGUUUAAAGGGCAACAGGUAUCUCAUUUUAAUGGAUGAUUUGUGGGAUACUAAUGUCUGGGAUGAGGUGAAAAAAUUCUUUCCAGACGACAAUAAUGGAAGUCGAAUCUUGAUAACUACUCGUCUAUCAAAUGUGGCUCUCUAUGCCAACUCUAGUGGUACUUAUCAUCAGAUGCAUCUUCUGAAUGAGACAGAAAGUUGGAAUCUGCUUCGUGAGAAGGUAUUUGGAAACGAAUGUUGUCAUCCUGAAUUGGAGGAAAUCGGAAAGAAGAUAGCGCGAAAUUGCCAGGGACUUCCAUUAGCAAUUGUGGUGAUUGGUGGACACCUGUCUAAUUCCAGCAAGUCACAAGAUUACUGGGAGCACGUUGCAAAAAAUGUAAGAUCCAUUGUAAGUACAAAAGAUGAGCAGUGCUUAGAGAUUCUGUCUUGGAGUUACAACUACUUGCCACAUCAUUUGAAAGCUUGUCUCUUAUACUUUGGAGCUUUCCCAGCAGCUCAUGAGAUCUCCAUCUCCAAAGUCAUCAAGUUAUGGGCUGCUGAAGGAUUUGUAAAACCACUGGAAACUAAAUCCUUGGAAGAGGCAGCAGAAACUCACCUGGAGGAUCUAAUUGGCAGAAAUCUUGUAUUGGUUCGAACCCAUCGGUUUAAUGGCAAAAUCAAAACCUGCAGCAUCCACGAUCUCUUACGAGAAAUUUGUCUGAGGGAAGCUAAGAAAGAGGAUUUCCUUCAUGACAUGAGAUCGAGUGAUCACCUUUUCCGAAAAAAGCCAUUAAGUCAACGUCGCCUAAGCAUUCCUUCAGAAAUCCUGGAUUCCUAUGGAAACAAGUAUAACCCAUCUGUCCAGUCUCUUCUAUAUUUUUUUGGACAUUCUCAUCGAGUAUUAGCUUUUACUGCUAAUUUCAAACUGCUCAGGGUGUUGGAUAUGCUCGCAGUUAAGUUGGAUGUAUGCCCAAUUGAAAUAGUACAACUAGUUACUCUGAGGUACCUUGCUUUCAUCUACGAUGGCAUGCUUCCUGAAUCAAUAUCCAAACUUUGUAAUCUUCAGACGUUAAUCUUUUAUCGAGGUAUGGGAGUCACGUUCGUGGAUGUACUAUAUCUACCAAUGGGAAUCUGGAAGAUGCCAAGACUAAGGCAUCUCCAUUUAAAUGGAAGUGCCUUGCCUAAUCCUUCUGGUGCACAAAUUGAUGGGGACAGUUCUGUUCUUCUCGAAAAACUAGAAACACUUCUAGUACAAGAUUUAAGAUUGUCUGAGGAGGUCCUUAGAAUGAUUCCGAACCUGAAGAUAUUGAAAAUCACAUACACUCCUCGCUCAGACCAGGACAUUCCGUCCUAUUAUCUAAACAAUCUUGUCUCUCUUCAUCAGCUUGAAACACUGAAAUGCGCCUUUGUUCCCCAGUAUUCUCCAGCGUUUUCGGAUGCUACACUGAAUCUUGUUUUUCCACUCAACCUUAAAAAAUUAACAUUGUGUGGUUGCGCAAUUCCAUGGAAAAAUAUUACCAUUGUUGGUUCGUUGCCAAAUCUUGUAGCACUUAAGCUGCAAAUCCACGCCUUCGAGGGUCCAGAAUGGGAAGCAAACGAAGGAGAAUUUCGUCUACUGCAAUACCUGCAACUUGAGAUGAUAGACUUGAAGCAAUGGACAGCUGAUGAAACCCACUUCCCAAGCCUUAAACGCCUAAGUAUUCAGGAGUGCUUCCAUCUAGAGAAGAUCCCUUCAGGAUUUGGAGAUAUAUCAACGCUCGAACUCAUCGAAAUUGACAACUCUAGCGAAUCUGCUGCAAGAUCAGCAGUGGAAAUUCUAGAAGAACAGCAGGAUUUGGGGAACUACGAUCUUCAAGUUCGUGUCCAUCCAACAAUCUAUUUAAGGCAAGAUAUUACAUAGAGCAAGGAAGCAGGGCGGAUGAAGGGGGAAGUAACUAGAGGCUAACUGCAGUUGCAGUUAAAAAUUGUGUUAAUUGACAAAAAUACUCUAAAGCAGAUCCUGAAUCCACCUCAAAACAAAAUUUCUAAAACCAGUAAGAGCUAAAACCUCGGAAGAGUAGCCGGAGGAUUUUAUUGGCAGAAAUCUUAUCAACAUCCACGAGAAAUAUAAGGGAAGCUAAGGAGGAGAAGUUCCUACUUCCGAAAUGAUCAAUGUCGACAUCCUCGAUUGCUAUGCAAACAUUUACAACUCAUCGCUCGACGGUAGUUGAUUAUUAUCUUUCACUGCAAAUUUUGGAUUGCCACUAACAACUAGUUUUCAAAGGUACCUUACGCUUCUUGCAUAAUUAUCCAAACUGUGUGAUCUUCAGACCUUUAUCGGAAUGGCAAUCACGUUCAUUGACUGAAACUUGCUAGUUUAUUCAGCUAUUAAAAUCAAAUGCAACUCUUAUUCA